ACUACUUAUCUGAACUCCACAUGUGGUUUCCCAGAGACUGUGACAGUAUCCCCAAGAACAGCAGUGGAGUCUAUGUCAUCCAGCCAGAAGGCUCUCCCCCACUGGUGGUGUGGUGCAACAUGGACACCAAAGGACAAGUCUGGACGGUUGUCCAGAGAAAUUCUUACAACACAGAACUUGAGUGGAAUGAUUCCUGGGCAAACUACAAGUAUGGCUUUGGUGAUGUGCAGAAUGAUUACUGGCUGGGGAAUGAGUACAUCUCUCUGCUCACAAUGCAGGGAGCCUACAAGGUCCGCUUUGUAGUACAGGAUGCAUCCAACAAUACUCACUAUGCUGAAUAUGACACCUUCAGUGUAGAUACAGAGUCACGUGGCUAUGCCUUGCGGCUGGGCAGGUAUACGGGAGCUGGAGAGGAUUUAUUCACUAAGGAAGACAGAAUGCAUGACAACAUGAAGUUUUCUACCUAUGACAAAGAUCAGGACCAAUCCAGUACCACAAAUUGUGCAGAACAUUAUCAGGGAGGCUGGUGGCACAGCAAAUGUUAUUAUGUCAUGCUCAAUGGGAAAGGCAAGAAUGUUUGGUGGAAUGGAGUCUGUUCGGCUGAAAACUGCCGCUCUACUCUCAUUCUUGUUAAACGGGUCUGCUGAUCCUCCAUCAGGGGCUUGAACCCCGCUGGAGAGUCCAUGAUAGGAAAAACUAUUUCUCUAGGAGGGUGGUGAAACACUGGAAUGGGUUAUCUAGGGAGAUGGUGGAAUCUCCUUCC